GCAGACAGCGCUUCUGUUCCACCGUGUUUCCGGUUCUUUUCACGUGCACUCGGACCAACGUGCUGCGUGAAGAGCUGGUUCGUGAAGCUUUUUCUCUUCCUUUAACUUUUCAUGUUUUAAGUUGAGUAAAAUGACUGAAGGCAAAGCAGAAUCGAAGCGGGCUAAAGAGCUGCUCGCUUUAAACCCGACACAGGAGGCCGAGUUCAAGAAGAAAGUCCUGGAGGCCCAGAAGAACAAGAACCGACCUAAACAGGACAGCCGCUUGUCUCCGGGGGUGAUUUACGUCGGCCACCUCCCUCUGGGUCUGUGCGAGCCGCAGCUCCGCUCUUACUUCCAGCAGUUCGGCAGGAUUCUGCGCCUCCGGCUUUCCAGGAGCAAAAAGACCGGUCGGAGCAAAGGUUACGCCUUCGUAGAGUUUGAAUGUGAAGACGUUGCUCAGAUCGUGGCAGAAACCAUGAAUAAUUACCUGAUGGGAGAGAGACUCAUCAAGUGUCAGCUCAUCCCGCCGGAGAAGGUCCACGAGAAGAUGUUCGUGGGAGCUCAGACCGUGUUCAAGAAGCCGUCGAACCCGGCCGUGGCCCGCUACAACAAGCAGCGCUCCCAGCAGCAGCUCACAGCCAUGACCGAGAGGCUCCUGCGCAAAGAGUCGAAGCUCCGCAAGAGGCUGGCAGCGCAGGGCGUCGACUACGACUUCCCGGGAUUCGCGGCUCAGGUGCCUCAGAAGAAGAAGUCGUCCUCUGGUGUCAUAAACGAGUCGACCUGCAGCGAGGACCCCACACCUGUCUGCACCCCCACCUUCCUGGAGAGGAGGAAGAGCACGGCUGCAAACGACGAAGACGAUAAUGAGAUCAUCAUCAACAUGCCCAAAGUCGAGCAGGAYGAAGACUGCGUAGUGGACGAGGACAGCUCUGAGGACAGCUCUGAGGAGGACACGGGGACACACUGAAUGUCCUCAGGGUUGGACUGAAAUGUGCCUCCAGAACUCAGAAAUCUCUUGAUUUCACUGUAAAUGUUGUUUUUCCUGUACAGCAUCUUUAAUCUGAGUGUUUUUAAAGAUCUUUAACAAAUUUUCCUGAAUAGUUUUCAUCCCUGAUGUAAAACUAGAAAAUAAAUAUUGCUCUGCUUUAAGAGCAGACCUGACUUGGUCAGCUGUCUGAUAAUAAUAACCUUAUUAUUAAAAUAAAUUUGUUGUUGAGCUGUUUUUUUAAUAACAAUGUGUUUAAUUGAGAAAAUAUAACAUCUGGGAGCAGAUGGAAGAGAAGCUGAAGAGGUGUAGGCACGAUGCUCUGCAGAGAAGAAGCACGAGAAUAAAAUAAAGGUCAAGCAU